AUGCGCCCCUGUACCGCCUCCUCAUGCUGCUGCCAGGCCCGUAAUCUGCCAUGGGCCCCCGUACCGACUCCUCAUGCUGCUGCCAGGCCCGUAAUCUGCCAUGGGCCCCUGUACCGCCUCCUCAUGCUGCUGCCAGGUCCAGAGUGUGUCAUGGGUCCCUGUACGGCCUCCCAUUGCUGCUGUCUCUAUCGCCACACUCUGCCAUGUGCCACUUUCAGGUCUCCUCACACUGCUGGUGGUUUCCAUUUUUGUCAUAGGGUGCUGUAUGGCCUCCCAUUGCUGCUGCCUCCACCGCCACACUGUGGCUCCACACUCUGGUUUUGGCCCCGUGACUGCCCAAAUGAGUGAAGUGUGCGGUGAUUCUAAGAUCGACGGCACUCAUCUGCAUGUCAUACUGACUGACAGUAUUAUUUUCUCUUCCCCAGCAGACUCCAAGGGCAUUUAAAUUAAAGGUACAGUGUUCAGCACUAAUAUUA